UGGCAGAGCAACAUCUGGGGAGCCUCGGAGCCACCACAGCUACCCACCCUGCAGAUAUGGCAAACAAGGGGCCUUCCUUUGGGCUGAGCAGAGACGUCCAGGCCAAGAUCGAGAAGAAAUACGAUGAUGAGCUGGAAGAGCGUCUGGUCGAGUGGGUGGUGGCCCAGUGUGGGAGCGAGGUGGGACGCCCAGAGCGAGGGAGGCUGGGCUUCCAAGUCUGGCUGAAGAACGGCAUUAUCCUUGGGAAGCUGAUCAACAGCCUUAACCCCAGCGGCUGCAAGCCUGUGAAGAUCCCGGACCCGCCUCCCAGCAUGGUCUUCAAGCAGAUGGAGCAGAUCUCCCACUUUCUGAAGGCAGCCGAGGACUACGGGGUGGUGAAGACAGACAUGUUCCAGACAGUUGAUCUCUUUGAAGCCAAGGACAUGGCAGCUGUCCAGCGGACCCUCAUGGCCUUGGGCAACCUGGCUGUGACCAAGAACGACGGGAAUUACCAGGGGGACCCCUCGUGGUUCAUGAAGAAGGCCCAGGAGAACAAGCGAGACUUCUCCGACAGCCAGCUGAAGGAGGGCAAGAAUGUGAUCGGCUUACAGAUGGGCUCUAACAAAGGGGCAUCGCAGGCGGGCAUGACGGGCUACGGCCGACCUCGGCAGAUCAUCAGCUAAGCAGUCCAGCUGCUGUGCUGUUCCUCCCACCCCCCCAAGCUGGCUGGUCUUCCCGCUCCUGCUAACAGCCUGGCAAGCUCUGCCCCUCUGCUGCUGCCGCUGCCACCAGGGGUAUCCGCAGGGAACCUCCCCACCGUGCCCCCUAAGCAGUUCCCGGAAGGGGCACUGUGCCCAAAGACUCAUGCUGCUGCUGCAUAGCAACGGCCAGCCAGGCAGCCAACCUGCUCCAGAGCUGCCGGCCUCUGCAUGCUGCCCACUUCACCCACCC